AUGGCAUAAAAAUAAAAAGAAGAUGAAGAAAUCAAAGUAAAAUUUAUAGAAUUAUAAUCUAGACUUACAAAAUGGUUGAAGGUGAUUAUUCAGUGUAAAUUAGAGUUCUAGAGGCAAAUGAUCUUAUACCUACGUAUGUUAUGUAUUAAUAUUAUUUUAGUAUAUCUGGUUUUGCAGGUAUAGGACUCCUUUCUUCAAAGGGAUCUGCUUGCAGCGCUUUUAUAGAAGUGAGUGUAAAUGGAUAGGUGAAACGUACAAAAGUGGUUAAGAAUUAAUUAAGUCCAAUUUUCAAUUAAAUGAUUUCAUUCAAAUUAAAUGACAUGAAAAAGGCUUAAUUAUAAACAGCUACUAUAAAUGUGGCUGCAAUUGAUCGUAAGAAUCCAUUAUUAGGGAAUAAAAUAAUUGGAUCAUAUGAAUUAGAUUUGAGUAGUGUAUAUUUUAGUUUGCAUCAUGAAUUAUAUCGUACAUACCUUGCUCUUUCAGAUCCAACAGAUGAAAGAGAAGGAACAAUGGGAUAUAUUCUUUGUAAUAUAAUGGUAUUAGGACCUAAUGAUGAACCAUUUGUUCAUGAUGUAGCUACUGAAAAAAAAGCAGAUGCCACUAAAGGUGCUACUUUAACACCAAAAAAGAUUUAAUAAUGGCCUCAUUGUAUCCGUAUCAAUUUACUUAAAGGAGAGCAUAUGGUUCCAUUAGAUAUGACAGCACCUGAAAUUGAUGCUUAUGUUGUUGUUAAAUAUGGAGGAUCUAAAAUUAAAUCUAAAAUUAUCACAAGUAGAAAUCCUGAAUGGUAUUAAUAAUUGAAUUUGGCUUGUAUGUUACCAAAUCAAAGUAAAUUGGUAGAUAUUAGUGUUUAUGAUCAUGAUCUUCUUGGAGAUGAUGAUUUAGUUGGAACAUUUUAAAUUCCAUUCAAAUCAAUCCCAGAAUAUGAAUCAUAACCUAUUUGGGCUAAUCUAUAUGGUGCUCCAUUAAGGGGAGAAUCUAAAAAGGCUGAUAUGAUGAAUUUAUUUGGAACUACAAUGGGAUCUCAUUAUAGAGGAAGAAUCUGUUUCACUAUUUGUCGAUUUGAUUAAAGAGAUGCUAAAACAUAUAAAGAAGAUUUAAUUUAUCAAUUUCCAGAAAAACCUAUGCCUGUUCCGGAAUAAAAAAGUUAUGUACUUAGAGUUGAUUUACUUGAAGGACAUGAAUUUCCAUCUAGAAAAUAAUCUAUUAUACAAAUUAAAAUGGGACCAUAUCUUUUAGUCAGUUAACCUGCAACUAAUUAAGAUGGAUCUCUAAUGUUCUAUGAAAAUCUACCAGAUAAAAAAGUACUCUUUCCUAAAAACCCUGAUGAAAUACCAGACAUUAUUGUUUAUAUGGCAGAUGAUAAUAUAGAAGAUCGUAGACACAGUUUUAUUAGACUCAAAGCAAAAGAUGUAUUAGAUGUUCAAACCAAAGCAAAAGUUCUUAAAUUGACUGAAGAUAGAUCACUUGAUUUGGUAUCAGAUGAUGAAUUUCCAGGAUUUUUAUAUGCUAAUAUUUAAUUGAUGAGUAAGAAUCCAGGGAAAAGAAUACCUUAUAAACCUAAUCCUAAAAUAAAACUUGAUUAUUAAUUGAGGGUAUACUUGUAUUUAGGAAGAAAUAUUCCUCCUGCUGAUGCCACAGGUACAUCAGAUCCUUUAGUGAAGAUAAGAUGUGCAGGAUAGAUUGUAUAAUCAAAGGCAUGUUUAUAGACAUUGAAUCCUGGUUGGUAUGAGACAUUAAAAUUGAAUGUGAAAUUAUAUCCAUUAGAUUAAGAGGUUGUAGUGCCAUCAGGAAUGUUUGUAAUGGUUUUUGAUCAAGAUUUAGAUGAGGAUAAUAAAGCAACAUAUGAUUUAAUAGGAAGAAUUUGGAUAACUUUAGAAGCAUAAAAGAUGUAAUUCUAAACAGACAAAGAGAUUAUUGAUAUGUUCUACAAAAAACCGAAAUGGUAUAAUAUAAAGUAUGAUGCUACAAAUGAAGUGUAAGGUUAAAUAUUGUUAGCAUAUUCAAUAAUUCCAAAAGAGAAGGCUAAUCUUAUACCGGAAGAGAGCAUUUAUCCAAAUUGUAUAAAAUAGGAUUUAAAUCUAUUUUGUAUAGGAUUACGUAAUUUUGAAGAUAUGGUUUAAAAUAUAACUCCAAGUAAUGUUUGUGUAUCAUUUGACAUCAGUGGUGAUUCUUAUGAUCCAAUUUAUACUGAUUAUAAGAAAGUGAAGGAGAAGGGUGUUAAUAUAAAUAGAUUGAUUCCAUUAAGUGUUGAUGUACCUAAAAAUCAAAAUUUUUCACCUGUUAUUGAUUGUUAUGUCUGGAAUUAAGAAUUACCAGAUAAACCUAAACUUUUAGGUGUUUAAACUAUAUAACUCUCUAGGAUAUUAGCAGAAUAUUAUACUAAAAUCAAAUUGAAACCUGGAGAGUAAUUACCUACUGAAUUUAAUGAAUCAGAUGAAGAAGAAAAUGAAUUGAUGAAAAAAUUUGAAGAAAGAUAAAAACCACUUACUUUAGCACAAAUUAAAGAAGCUAAUGCUAAUGAAGAAGAUGAACCAUUUGAUCUUGAGAAAAUUGAUUUAAAUAUUCCUUAAGAAUUACCUUUCAAAAAAAGAGUUGUUGAUGAUUACGAAUAUUAAGAUUUCAUAAAAAAACAAGAUGAAGAUUAUUAACGUAUAAGAGAGGAGGAAGAAGAAUUACUUAAAUAAUCUUAAAUAGGAGAAUCUCAUGUAUAAGAUUUAAUGAAUUUACAAGAAGACAUACCUGUAUAUAGACCUACUACAUUUGGAGGUGGUUUAUAAGUAGGAUAAGAAAUGCAAAAUUAAUAAUAAUAAUAAUAAUAAUAAUCUCAUUAUUCUAAUUAAAGCAAUUUGAUUAUUGAAUAGUUUCCUAAAGAAGAAUAAGUUCCAGAAGAAUAAAUACCUGUCAGAGUAACAAAACCUAUGGAAAAUCCAGAUGCAAAUUAAGAUAAUCCUUAUUAAACUCAUUAAUCAAGAAGAGAAUCUUAAUAAUAAUAACAAGAUAUUGCAUAACCUUAAUAAUAACAAUAAUCAAGAAGGGAAUCACAAUAAUAAUAAUAAUAAUCAAGAAGAGAAUCAUAAUAACAACAAUAAUAAUAAUAAUAAUAAUAAUAAUAAGAAUAAUCAAGAAGAGAAUCAUAAUAACAAUAAUAAUAAUAAUAAGAAUAUUCAAGAAGAGAAUCUUAAUAAUAAUAAUAAUUAUAAUAAGAAUAAUAAUAAUAAGAAUAAUCAAGAAGAGAAUCUUAAUAAUAAUAAUUAUUAUAAUAAUAAUAAUAAUCAAGAAGAUCUUCAUAAUAAUAAUCUUAACCAUAACCAAUAGUAUAAUAAUAAUAAUAAAUUGAAAUUUAGAAAUAAUAAUCAAGAAGAUAAUCUGAAUAAUAAUAACCUAGAUCAAAAUAAUAAUCUAUAUAAAAAGAUGAUAAUAAUUAAUCUAGAAGAUAAUCAUAAUAAUAACAGAUAGAGAGAUAAUAAUCAUAAUAAUAAGAUUUCUAAUAAAAAUAACCUUCUAUUCCAAUAUCACCAAUUUAAAAUAAAAAUGGAGGAAGUCAAGCUAGUCAAUAAAAUUUUGAAGAAUUAAACUUUUAAGGUAAUUUAGAUGAAUCAAAAAUUGUACAUUCAGAACAAAAAUCAUAAAAAAUGAAUGAUUCAUAAAUGAAAAUUGGAUAAAAGGUUAUUUAACCUCCAAUUCCAGGAUCUUAAAGAAGUAUUAGAGCAUUAAGUUAAGUUGAUUAAAAAGUUGUCUUUGAAACAGAUUAACAUAUAAAAAAUUAAGCAGAAAUAAAUCUUAGAUAAUCAUAAUAAUUAUAAGAAGUUAAAGCUGUUUCACCACAAAUGAAUUUAUCUCAAUAAUUAUCAUAAUUACCUUAAUAAUAAAUGCCUUUAAAGACAUUAUAAGUUCCAACUGAUUUAUCAUUUUCAAAAGCAUCUAAAGUAUCUUCGAAAGCAUUAUCAAUGAAUUCUGCAUAAAAAGACAAUAUGGAUGCAGUUAAAAAACCUAAAGUAAAGAAAAAGGGAUAAAAAGGUUUUAAAAAAGCUAAAUUAUUUGGAUUUGCAGCUCUAUUACCAAAAAAGAAAAAAAUAAUAGAUAUUGAAACAUAUGAAGAUUUUGAUACAGAUCCUGGAGAAGAUUUAGAUGUAACUCCAGUUUGGUUAAAGGGUAGAAAGUUUUUACCUGAUGAUUUGGAAGAUAAAAUGAAAAUAAGUAAAAAAUUUUUAAAAUAUACAAUAAUGACAGGAUAAAAUAGAGGUAAGGAUACUUAAUUUUUAGCAGAGAAAAAUGAACCUUAAAGAGUUUGUGAUUUUAAAUGUUUAUUUUUGGAAGUAAAACCUGGAUAGGAUAUUGAAAAAAAGAGAGAUAUGUAUAUUAAAAUGAUGAAACCUAAAUAAUUUGUAUGUCGAUUAUAUAUCCUAUAAGGAAUAGAUAUUUAAAGUGGAAGUGAUGAACCACCUGAUUUAUAUGUAAAAUUAAGAACUGCAACAAAGGAACAUGAUUUAAAAUAGAUUUCAUUAAGAUAAGGUACAAAUAGUCCUUAAUUUUAUUUUCCAUUUGAAUUAUAAAUGGAAGUUCCAGGUUCUGCAAUUCUAGAAAUUGAAAUUUGGAGUGCCUAAUCAAUUGGUGAUGAAUUGGUUGGUACAUCAUUAAUUGAUUUAGAAGAUAGAUAUUUUUCUGUAAUGUGGCAUUAAUAUUAAAUGAAACCUAUAGAAAAUAGAAAUAUUAAAGAUGAAUUUGGAUCUUCAGUAGGUAGAUUAUAAUUAUGGAUUGAUUUAAUUGAAAAGGUAUUUGCAAAAUAAUAACCAUUAAUUAAAAUUACUGCUCCACCUCGUUAUUAAUUUGAGUUAAGAGUAAUUAUUUUUGAAACUAGAAAUUGUGUAUUUAAAGAUGAAUUGGAAAAAUGCAAUGAUUUAUAUUGUAAAGCAGGAAUUGCAAAUUAAGAACUUUAAGAAACAGAUAUUCAUUGGAGAUGUAGAGCAAAAGGAUCUUUUAAUUGGAGAAUUAAAAAUAAAGUCACAUAUCCUCCCCUUCCUGAUGAAUUUGGAACUGAUAAAUUUAAAAUAUAAUUGUGGGAUAAGGAUAUUAUAGGAUCAGAUGAAUUAAUUGGAGAAACUACUUUUAGUUUACAUACACAUAAAAUGAUUGAUAAAGCAGUAAAGAGACUUUAAGCUACAUAAAUUAAUUAAAGAAUAAGAGAAAAAGGUGGUGUAAUUACAGAUAGAUUUUGGGUAUCUAUUUAAAUUAUUAUAAAAUUUAGUUAGAUGUUUAUCAUCCAGAUGCAGUAGAUGAAGAAGGAUAGAAAAUAUCAUAAGGAUAAGUUUUAUGUUCUUUUGAAUUAUUACCUUUGACUGAGGCUGAAAAUAAACCUAAUGGUUAUGGAAGAAAUCCUCCUAAUGUUUUUCCUCCAUUAAAUGAACCUACUGGUAGAUUAUCAUUUGAUAUCACUAAUCCACUUGGUUUUAUUAAGGAUAUUAUGGGUUAUUACAAAUAUUAAUUUUAGGUCCUGAUUUGUAUAAUAAAAUUUGUAAGUUCCUAUUAACUGCUUUACUUUUAACUGUAGGUGUAACUGUUGGAUGGAUAUUUUUGGGCCCUCUGAUUGCUAAUGUUAUUGUGAAGUGAUUUAAUUAAAUUAUUU